AAUAGAUCAUAAUCUUGGAACAUAAAGAAGGUGAAGUUGCUGGUGAAAAUAAUCAAAACUUAGCAAAUUCUUUUCAUCAAAGUUAAAACCUCUUUAAUGCUAAAUUUUUUUUAGGACUAUUUAACAUGAAGAUUAUUAAUAGGUAUUGUUAAUGGAGCAUUGCAUUCAGGAAUGUCUUAAUUCUCUAUAGUUCCUGAUUAUCAUUUUGACCAAUUCAAGUAAAAUAGUUGUAUUAACUUUUAUUAUUAUCAUCAAAAGUUUUAACUAGAUACAUUUAGUUAUAUAUUCCUUGCUCAUUGAAGGAUUAUAAAAAGCAGUAUAAGGAUAGAAUACUUUAUUUGGAACUAUCUUUUUUCUUUUAUUUCAUCAUAGCUAUUAGUUUAAUUUUUGUUUGUGUAACAAUAGAAGAGAAUGAAGAAGCCUAGCCUUGCCUUUUUAUCUACCAUACAGAUUAUUUUUAUGUGGUUUUUUUUAAUAUUCCAAUUUUUUGUACAUAUAAAUUUUACAUGCCACUGCUGUUAAGGGUAUUUUUGUGGUGAUUUUUGCAUAAAUAAUAAUAUGGCUUUUUAAAAGAAUAAAUAAAAUUGGAUUUUUAAAUUCUUAUUUUUAUUUUUAGAUCAAACAUCAUAUCAAUGAUUUUUAUGCUUUGGCAUCUAUUUCGCUUAUAUUAAUGAUUGGUCUAUUUUAUGAUAAUGAAUGA